ACACUUCCCUCCCCCCGCCGUUCUCUCGCGGAGCUCGGCGGCGUCCGGCGGCGCUGGCAGCCCGGCCUAGGCUGGAGGGCGGCGGCGGGCGCGGGAGGCUCUCGGCCGCGCGGCGGCAGGAUAAAAAGUAGCCCCGGAAAGCGGACGUUGGGGAGACACAGCAGAUUUACCACCCUCUACUUGGAACACACGUUAUGAACCCUUUUUGGAGCAUGUCUACAAAUUCUACACGCAAGAGACCUGAAACAGAAGACAAGGCUCUGGUUGGUGAGCUGAAGAACAGUCCUCCACGCACGGCUCCAAAGAAGCAGCUGCCUUCUAUUCCCAAAAAUGCUGUGCCAAUGACCAAACCAACUUCUCCCGCCCAGUCUACAAAUGGGACACAUGCCUCCUACGGGCCUUUCUACUUGGAGUACUCCCUCCUGGCUGAAUUUACGUUGGUUGUGAAGCAGAAGCUGCCAGGAGUCUACAUACAACCUUCUUAUCAAUCGGCUUUAAUGUGGUUUGGAGUAAUAUUCAUAAGACACGGUCUGUACCAGGAUGGUGUGUUUAAAUUUACGGUGUAUAUCCCUGACAACUACCCGGAUGGUGACUGCCCGCGCUUGGUCUUUGAUCUGCCUAUCUUCCACCCGCUCGUCGAUCCUGGCUCAGGCGAACUGGACGUAAAACGAGCAUUUGCCAAGUGGAGGCGAAACCAUAACCACAUAUGGCAAAUACUGAUGUACGCGCGCAGAGUCUUCUACAAGAUCGACACAACCAGUCCUUUGAAUCCUGAAGCUGCUGUCUUAUACGAAAAGGAUAUUCAGCUUUUCAAGAGUAAGGUAGUUGACAGUGUUAAGUUAUGCAGCAGUCACUUAUUUGAUCCACCAAAAAUAGAGGAUCCCUAUGCAAUAAGCUUUUCUCCCUGGAAUCCAGCUAUACACGAUGAAGCCAGAGAAAAGAUGCUGACUCAAAAGGCUUUUAUGUAUGUCUUUAGAGCUCUGGGAUUCUCUCUGGGGCUGGUAGGGUGUUCUUAUUCCCCAAAGCCCUCAGCAGAGUUGCUUCCGCCCUAAAAGGCUGGACUCUACUCACCUAUUCAGACUGGUGGAUGAACAUAUUGUGACCAGACCAUGUUCAGGUAAGAACUGAGACUGCUGUCCUUCUGGCAGGGUAUCUGAGCUGCAUGUGGAUUUUGUUUCUUAGCUGAUGCCUGUAGUAAUGCAUUGGUUAACAGAGCUGUGACCCUUCAACAUCCUUUCUUUUUAUUCUGCUGUAGCUAACUGAUUUGCCGAGGUCAGUCAUAAUGGGUAUAGUAAAAGCAGAAAAGCUGAAGAGGUGGGUAGCUGGUUCCUGUCUCUGAAAGAGAGAGGAGCCUAGCAGCCCAGAAGUUUGGGGGCUUCCCCAUCGGCCCCAGUAUGUAUGGAUGUAGUAGACAAGGGAUCAAUCUUGCUGUUGCCAGUUUUUAUGCCUGUUUGUGGCACUGUUGAUUCUGAGGGAUUGGGAACCGCUGCUCUGUUUACCUCCAGACAUUCUUCCGUUAGUUCCCAGCAAGAACCAACAAGAGGCAGCCACGCCAGCCUCAGGCGCAGGAACGCCACGCAGGAGAGCUGUGCGCCAGGUCAUAGCCCUUUCAAAUUUUUAUCCCGCCUUUUAAAUUUUAGCGUUCCGCUAGGGAUGCAGGGAAUUCCUAUGCAGAGAACGCCUGAAAAAUAUGCCACCGAGAACUACAUCUUCCUGGAACCAGCAGUAGGUUGGAUGGUGAAAGUUCACCGCUUUCCUGGGAUGUGUUCCUAGGCAAGGAAGUGUGGGAGACGGCUUGCAAAACAGCUGAGUGGACCAAGUAUGUACCAGGCAAUGCUCUUUAAUUCUGGGAUUUUUUUCUUCCUAGAAGAAGGCAGAGGAACAGCAGUCCAAAAGCAUGCAGGUGUCUGGGCUCUCAUGGGUGAAGCCUGGUUCUGUUCAGCCCUUCAGCAAAGAGGAAAAGACUCUGCCCACUUAAGCGCCUGCGGAUGCUGAUGCACUCAACACUUUCUACAAGAGGGAAUGUAACAGAGCCAAACAGCCAAGCCGUGGUUUUCCUUCUUGACUUUGGAUUAGUAGAGUAAACGCUAGCAAUGACUCAAGUAAACCUGCUCCGUAGGAUUGCUUGGACUCAUCUUGGUAUUUUACACAUGUCUUUUAACUGCAGCCUGCAGGUUGGAAGUAGUUCUUAACAAGGCUGGACUCUUGCUAGCCAAGUCCGUUGUGGGUGGGUAAUACCGCAGGGUUCUACUACGACCCGAGGUUCUUAUUGGGUUACUUUUAAAGCUUUUUUUUAAGGUAAAGGGCAGGCAGGAAAAACUCGUUCCAGAGGUAAGCUGUGUUUAUGUAAACUAAUAUAGCAGAGUAAAAUACUAUAUUUAAAACUUUUAAAUGCAUUGGUUUCUAUUGUAAAUACACUAGGAUAUGGAAUUUGUAAAUACUUGGUUCUUAUUCCUUCUAGCCCUUUUAGGGGCAGAAAGGCUGAGAUGGGCAUGUAUGAUGGUUGCAUCUAAUCGCCCCCCCCCCCCCCAAGUUGUUGUCACUAAAGGCUGCUCCUGGUAUGACUUGCCCACACUCUUUGGACCUUGCACCCUAAUUGCCUGCAAGUAUCACACAGGAGAAAGAUCAGACUGACAUUUUUUUCGUUACUGAGGCGCACGACUGGCAGAGCUCAAAAGAUUGUCAUGAAAAGACAUAUGUAACCUUUCUUCAUGAUGUUUGUAUGCAUCUUAAACCAGUGGCCUUAAGGUGUGUGGGCGUAAUAUCAGCGGCAGCCUGGAGUUGCACAUUGGUCAGCAGAGCAGGGCCGUCUGACCAGUAGAUCCAAGCUCCUAAUGCUGUAGAGUUCUUGGUGAAAUAGAGGGGUGUGUGGUCGGCCGCUGCCGUGAUCACGCAUGACUAAUGUGCAGUUGGUGGCAUCUUAAAAGAAUAAAAGACCAGUCAUGGAAAAAACA